AUGGAUGCGUCGUCGUCGCCGUCGUCGCCCACUACUUGUCAUGGUCCAGCAGCAGCAGACGAUGAGCCGUUACAUUCGAAUCGAGAAAGCAACACUGUAACUGCACCAUGCCUUUAUGUUGAUCGUUCACCCAUGGACUCUCAUGUUCACAGUCGAAAUUCGUCACCAGCGACAUCACCCUCACCGCCAUCUUCACCCAACACUCGAGCCAGACCUCGCAUACUCGCAUCGUCUUAUAGAUUUACUAGCAAUACCCGUUUCAUUAUUUCCAUGCUGGUUCUUGUGUCCUUUGCCUCCCUCGCCAUCAUCCUAGAUUCAUUCACCAACCAUCAACGAGACGUGAGCGGCUGUCAAGAAAUAUACAUGCGUCCAACCUAUAUUCGACAAACUGGAUUUGAUAGCGAAAUGACGCGCUUUGCUGGCAAAUAUGCGCUGUAUCUUUAUCGCGAAAAGGAUGUCGAUCUUUCGGAUCAGCCAUCAGGUGUCCCCGUUCUAUUCGUCCCUGGUCAUGCUGGAAGUUAUAAACAAGUCAGAGCCAUUGCUGCAGAAGCCGCCUUCCACUAUUAUCAAUUGUAUGCACAACAUCCUGAGAUCCAUGAACAAGGCAUGCGUAAUCUCGACUUUUUUACAGUGGAUUUUCAUGAGGAAUUCUCAGCACUCCAUGGGCAAUCGUUAUUAGAACAAGCCGAGUAUUUGAAUGAUGCGAUUGAUUACAUUCUCAAGAUAUACAAGUCCGACAAGUAUCCUGAUCCUGCAUCUGUCAUGAUCAUUGGUCACUCCAUGGGUGGUGUCGUCGCCAAAACGAUGUUCAUGCUCAACAAUUAUCAACCUGGUACGAUCAACACCAUCAUCACACUUUCAACGCCGCAUGUAUUACCUCCCGCACCAUUCGAUUGGAAGAUAUCAAAGAUCUACGACGAUAUGCAUCAAUUUUGGAUCGACGGCUACAAUCUCCGAGGCGAUGAUACCACCACGGCCCGAUCCCUCCGGGAUGUGACCAUGAUAUCCAUUGCUGGUGGUACACUGGAUAACACCGUAUGUUCCGAUUCAGCCAAUGUGGGCGCCUUUUUACCUGCAACUCAUGGCUUUACAGUCUUCACUACGGCAAUCCCACGCGUAUGGACCGGCAUGGAUCAUUUGGAAAUCUUAUCGUGUAAGCAGCUUGUACACGUCUUGGUGAAGGCCAUGCUGGAUAUUGUGGAUGCAAGAAGAUCCUCGCAAGUCAAAUCGGUGUCUGAGCGCAUGAGCAUCAUGAAACGAGCGUUUUUAAGUGGGUUAGAGGAUCGUGGCUCGGAACCUAUAUCAUUGGGUUCAUUGAUGUAUUUUGAUCAUGUCAGCUAUUUGGAUAUUGACGAACGACUCGUGAUACAAGGGGAACGAUCCAUCAAAGGCAAUCACGUGACACUUUUACCUGCAUUUGGAAGCAACAAUGAUGCAUUUGCUAUCUUGACGGAUCAGGCAUUGGAUGAAGCAAGAGGUCGCUUUUCAUUGUAUUUAUGCAACCGACAUGAUGGACAUAGUGGUGGCGUUGCUUGUAAGAGUGCUGAUACGCUCGUUGCCCCUGUACCUGCAUCUACACCACACGACCGGUAUCCAUUUUCAGGAAACACGUUCAGCUUUGCCAGUAUUGAAUUUGGUCAAAUGGAUGGACAUGGAUGGAUUGGUAUUGCUGAUAAUGGUGAUUCGGAUGGCUUUCUUAUUGCCGAACCUUUCAGCACCACUGAGAAUGCCUAUCGAGUGGAUCAGUCCAUGUCAUCCAUCGCCAUGCUAGGCGCCCAUGUAAAAGUGAAUGCAUCUCUCUUUACAAGAAUCCAUAUCCCAGCGAUUGAAAAUCCCAUGCUUGCUUAUCAUCUCACGUUGACACGCCAAUGCAAUGAUCUUGGUCUUUUUGCCCCCUUUCUCCGCCAAUCCAUUUCGACCAUGCAUGAAUCCAAAUUUUAUGUCAAUGUUGGCAAUGGCCCCACUGAUUUUACACUCCAUGGCCGAACCGCCUUUUCAUCCAUGACCAUCAGCACAGCCGAUGUGGACCAUCAAGGAUUCUUAUUGCAAAUGUGGAUGGAUCCAACCACUUGUCAAGAACCCAUCCAUGUGGAUAUUGCCAUUGAUUGGUAUGGAAGUGCAGGUCGGCUUGGAUUUAGAAACGGCAUUAUGUUGGCUUCUUUUACGUUCAUUAUUGUCAUUCUUGUGCUGGCGGGACAAAUUGAAUGCUACAAUCGCACAGGCAUCUUUCCACAUUUUGGACAAGGACUCAGUUUUUAUAUUCGACGCAUCUUGCCUGUGAUCAUGUUAGCAGUGGGAUUAUGCAGCAUUUACCAAUGUUCAAUUUACGAUGGGCAUGACUUUGGACUUGAUAUUCCUUGGGAGCAUGUGCUUGAUGGCAAUACGGAUCCAUUCUUUUGGUGGCUACCCUUGGCUGGCUUGGUCGUGAGCAGUGGCACUGUUUGUUUUAUAUGGGUGGUCGUCGAUCGAUUACUACUACUAUGUGCUUAUGUGUUAUCCGGUACUUUUGGAACCCAGCGUGUUCUUACAUGGAGUAGUCAUCCCACGGAGACAAAGCAACAGCGAUUUCAAAGGCGAGCCAUCACAACGGUUAUUUUAUUUGUCCUCGUAGCCACUUGCAUCCCAUAUCAAUUUGUAUUUGUUGUUGCCUUUUUGGUGCAUACUGUCAAUUGUAUAAGGUCGUUGGUGCGGUCCUGGUCUUCACCGUCACGAGUGAAUCGAUACCAUUACAUGCAAUCAUUAUUAUUAUUAUUUGUGACGUUACUCCCAUUCAACCUACCCAUUCUGGUGGUGUGGAUCAGGAAUUUGUCAGUGCAUUGGUUUGUUCCUUUUUCAUCAGACCAUAAUGUAUUUGCCAUUGCACCCUUUAUUCUAUAUGUGGAAUUAUUGACAGGCCACCGCAAGAUGUUACCACGGCAUGAAGGAGUGUGGCGGUGGGCUACCCGAGGACUUUUUUGUAUGGUAGUAGCGUAUGCGUUUCUGUACGGCAUCAAAUAUGCACACUCGUUGUAUUUUCUGGCAAAUCACAUGAUGGCAUGGUUUUUGGUGUUACACGUACGCGAUUCGCAUUAUGGAAGGAUGGCAUGGCGCUAUGCGGCCAACCACAUCUGGCAUCCCUUUCUUAGUAAAAAGCAUUCAUGA